AACUUAUAAAGAAGGUCAUUGAUAAUGCUCUCAGUGUGUUAACAGAAGAAGAUCGUGAUUUAUCGUGGUUUCGAAACCUUUUACCACUUUUACAACGUGGGAUUGGUGUUCAUCAUUCAGGUUUAAUACCCUUUAUGAAAGAGGUUGUGGAACUUUUAUUCCAGGAGGGCUUAAUAAAAGUAUUAUUUGCUACUGAAACGUUUGCUAUGGGAUUAAAUAUGCCGGCAAAAACUGUAGUGUUUUGUGAACUUUCCAAGUUUGAUGGUAUAAAACCAAGAAAUAUAACAUCUGGAGAAUAUAUUCAGAUGUCAGGUCGUGCUGGUAGGAGAGGAUUGGAUCCUCGUGGAUUUGUUGUAAUGAACGUAGAUCGUAAUAUCUCUCCAAAAGAUUUGCAAGACAUGUUCAAGGGCGACGCCGAUCAUUUAACAUCAGCUUUCCAUUUAAAAUAUCAUAUGAUUCUCAACAUGACGAGAAUCGAAGGUAUAAGUCCGGAACUUAUGUUGGAACAUAGCUUUUAUCAGUUUCAAAAAAAGUCUGCCGUACCACAUUUAAAAGAAGAACUAUGGAAACUUGAGAAUGAAUGUUCAAAAUUUAAUAUUCCCAAUGAAGAAACUGUUUCUCGAUAUCAUCAACUCCUGUUACUUAAUGAUGAUUAUGGGAAACGACUAAGAGAUAUUAUUUUUCAACCAAAGAAUUGUUUACCCUAUUUACAACUCGGAAGAUUAGUAAAGGUCAAAAUUAAUGAUACGGACUUUGGAUGGGGUGUGAUAGUACGUUAUGAAGAAAGAAAGAAACGUAAUCCACCUCAAUAUAGUCUUCGAUCACAAAAAAUUGAAAAAAAUGAAGAACCGCAAUAUAAAAUUAGAGUACUACUGAAGGUCACCGCAGAUUCAUAUGUCAGCUAUGACGGAAGAGAGAUCGAUAUUAAACCAUGUCCGCCGGGCCAACCGGGAAAUUGUUCGGUAAUCCCCGUGGAUUUAGAUAAUUUACAGGUUUUAAGUCAAUAUCGCUUUCAUCCGGAUGAUAAUUUGGAACACGACGUCGCUCAAAGACAGGUCACGUACAAAGGUGUUCAGGACCUUAUUAAGCAACAUCCCGACGGUGAGCCAAUGGAACCUAUAAAUCAAAUGAAUAUAAAAGAUGAAAAAGCUAAUGAUAUAAUUCAAAAAUUGGAAAUGAUUAGAGCUCAGCUUGAAUCAAACCCAACCGCUAAUGACCCUGCAAUAUAUGAUACUUAUAAGAAAAAACUUGACAUACAAGAAAAAAUUCGUACUGCUCAGAAAAAGAUUCGAAACACUGAACUAACACUACAUUUUGACGAGCUAAAAAAAAGAAAGCGCCUAUUACGUAGACUAGGGUAUUUGACCCAAAAUGAUGUGGUUGAAUUUAAAGGGCGUGUCGCGUGCGAAAUUACUUCGGGUGAUGAAUUAGUAUUAACGGAAUUGCUUUUGAACGGAAUUUUCAAUGAUCUUACUCCGCAAAAAAGUGCUGCUUUAUUAAGUUGUUUUGUAUGUGACGAGGCUUCGCAAAAAGAUCAACCAACGCCUCUUUCCGAAGAAUUUGCUGUAUUAUAUCGUCACGUUCAAGAAACCGCUCGAAGUAUAGCUGAAUUAACUGAAGAAUGUAAUAUACCUAUCGAAAAAGAUGUAUAUCUCGCAAGCUUCUCUUCAGAUUUAAUGGACGGUGUAUUUAAUUGGUGUAACAAUAUGAGUUUCAAAGAAAUCUGUUCUCGAAUAAAUAUGUUUGAAGGCAACAUUGUACGGAAUUUUAGAAGCUUAGAUGAAUUAUUACGCGCGAUGAUUUCAGCAGCUAAAAUAAUUGGCACAUAUGAGCUAGAAUGUAAAUUCUCUGAAUCACGCGAAAAGCUUAGACGAGGAAUAGUAUUUGCAGCGUCGCUAUAUCUAUAG